AUACUACCAGGGGCGGACUGACCAUAUGGAAACUCGGGCACUUCCCGGGGGCCCGGGGUCAGUAGGGGGCCCCAUGAGAUGCCCCUGGUGCCUUUUUCAUAGGCUUUUUUGAGUUUGGGCAAGGCCACAGGGGCCCCAUGAUCCCCUAUUGCCCGGAGGGCCCAUUAGUUGUCAGUCCGCCCCUGUGUACUACUAUUCAUUGCUGCCUAUCAGUGCCCAUCAGUGCCACCUAUCAGUGCCCAUCAGUGCUGCCUCAUCAACGCACA